AUGGCAGAGCACGACUUCUCUCUUAAGGAAACAUGUCCCAAAAUCGGCGGCCGAAGAUCAAUUCCCGGCGGUGACAUGCUAACGUCAUCAUUUGACCUCGUCGAACGCAUGACCUUCCUCUACAUCCGAAUCGUUAAGGCUCGAGCUUUACCUUCCAACGACUUAUUCGUUGAAGUAACAAUCGGUAGAUACAAAGGAAGAACGAAACGUAGCACAAACCCUUACCCUAAUCUGGAGUUCGACGAAGUUUUCGCCUUUAAUAGUGAUCGUCUUCAAGGAAAUAUGUUGGAAGUGACCAUGAAGAUGAACGAAGAAGAGAUUAUUGGACAGUGUAGAUUCGAGGUGGCUGAGAUUCCUACACGUAUCCCACCGGAUAGUCCAUUGGCUCCACAAUGGGAUAGGUUAGAAGAUAGAAAUGCGAACAGAUUUGGAGAAGAGGUUAUGGUAUCUGUAUGGAUGGGGACACAAGCCGAUGAAGUUUGCCCUGAGGCUUGGCAUUCGGAUUCGGCUACAGUGACUGGAGAAAACGCGGUGAUUGUGCGGUCUAAAGUGUAUCUAUCUCCGAGGUUAUGGUAUUUGCGAGUCAAUGUUAUAGAGGCUCAAGUUUUGGUUCUGUUGCAAGGAAACAGAACAAAUCCGGAGGUUUUAGUAAAAGGGUUUGUAGGAAAUGUUGUUGUGAGGAGUCGGGUUUCGCAGAGUCGAACAAUGAGUCCAGUUUUGGAACGAGGAUAUGAUGUAGGUCAAAAAGAAGAGUGUUUAGGUCUAUGUGAGAUAAAGUUGUCUCAGGUUGAGAGACGGGUAUUGCCGGGACCUGUACCGGCUCUAUGGUAUAACCUGGAGCGCGUUGGGGACUCGGGAUUCGCAGGGAGGAUUCAUUUGCGGGUUUCAUUGGACGGAGGAUACCAUGUGCUUGAUGAGUCGAUUCAGUAUAGCAGUGACUACAGAGCUUCUGCUAAGCUUCUAUGGACUCCAACUAUUGGUGUAUUGGUGCUCGGAGUCAUCAGUGCAUCUGGUUCGAUUCCGAUGAAGUCCCGAGAUGGUCGAGGCACCACCGAUGCAUAUUGCGUGGCGAAAUAUGGGCAAAAAUGGCUAGGUCGGAGUGAGCCGCCUCUAGGAAGAGAUGUAAUUGAGUAUAUGCUCGAUUUCGGAUCUAACAUUUGGUGUUUACGAAGAGGCAGAGCUCAUUUCGAAAGAAUUGUGAGUUUCUUCACAACGUUUAUUGAUUCUUGGAUUUGGUUUGAUUCGGUAUGCAAAUGGAAGAGUCCGCUAUCUAAAGCAGAUUCGGCUUUACCCGAUGAGCUAGACGAGGAAUUCGAUGGGUUUCCAAGCGCAAGAUCUGCGGAUUUGGUUAGGAACAGUGGCUUGUGGAGUAAUCUUCUUAGUCUCCAUGAAACUGCUAAUGACUUUGCUUGCGUUCUACGUCAUGAGACACCCUAG